AUGACCUUGAAAUGUAGUGAGGAUUCUGUCACUGGAAGGAUUCAAGUAAAGGAAAGGCUGCUACCUCUUUGGUUUGGAAGAAGGAGUUCCACAUCCAGUAAGAGGCCAGCUGAGAUGAAUUCUGUGAUCACAGCUCUAAAUGAAGGAAAGACUGGCGGCCAUAAGGGCAGGCAUCUGGUUCCCGGCACAGAACCGGAUAUGCACAACCAAACCCGCCUGCAGGACCCCGCUUGGCCCCUGGAGGCUAUUUUUACCCCUCUACCCUCACAGAUCUAUUUUGUUAAUCUCCUUAUAGUUGCUGUUUUGACUUCCCAGCCAGCUUGCUAA